AUGGCUUUCAGGGAAGGAUCCAGGGCCUGGAAGAGAAUCUUCUGGCAGCUGAUCCUACUUGCACUUGGCGGCUUAGGGCUGCUCCGGUUCGGGCUUCCUGUACUCAGGCAUCUGGAAGUCCUCAUCCCCAUGGGUGUCUGCCCUCCGGCCAGAACGCCCCUGCUGAGAGACAACUUUACGGGUCCCCUGCACCCUCGGGCCCGGCCUGAAGUCCUGACCUGUACUUCCUGGGGGGCCCCCAUUAUUUGGGACGGCACCUUUGACCCAGACGUGGCCCAGAAAGAGGCUGUACGGCAGAACCUCACCGUAGGUCUGACUGUCUUUGCUGUAGGCAGGUAUCUGGAGAAGUACCUGGAGCGCUUCCUGGAGACAGCCGAGCAGCAUUUCAUGGUGGGCCAGCACGUGGUGUAUUACGUGUUCACCGAGCGUCCGGCCGCGGUGCCCAGCCUGCCGCUGGGCCCCGGCCGCCGGCUGCGCGUGGAGCGCGUGGCGCGCGAGCGCCGCUGGCAGGACGUGUCCAUGGCGCGCAUGCGCGCGCUGCACGCGGCGCUGGGCGGCCGCCUGGGCCGCGAGGCGCGCUUCGUGCUCUGCAUGGACGUGGACCAGCACUUCAGCGGCGCCUUCGGGCCCGAGGCGCUGGCCGAGUCGGUGGCGCAGCUGCAUGCCUGGCACUACCGCUGGCCCCGGCGGCUGCUGCCCUUUGAGCGCGAUGCGCGCUCGGCCGCCGCGCUGGGCCCCGGCGAGGGCGACUUCUACUACCACGCGGCCGUGUUCGGGGGCAGCGUGGCAGCGCUGCGGCGGCUCACGGCGCACUGCGCGCGGGGCCUGCGGCGGGACCGCGCGCGGGGCCUGGAGGCGCGCUGGCACGACGAGAGCCACCUCAACAAGUUCUUCUGGCUGCACAAGCCCGCCAAGCUGCUAUCACCAGAGUUCUGCUGGAGCCCCGACAUAGGCCGCCGGGCGGAGAUCCGCCGGCCACGCCUGCUCUGGGAGCCCAAAGAGUAUGCCUUGCUGCGUGGCUAG